UGAGACAUAUCGUGAAAUUGUGAUUAAGAGUUUAUUGUUUUAACGUCGACCUUUCUCGAACAUAAUAACAUCGACCCUUACCCAUCUGCGUCAUAUUAUCGGGAACCGAUUUAUUUGCUGAUCAAGAUUUCGAUAAGGCGAAGUGAAUGCUUACAAAGUGGACGAUAGUUUGAACCAUUAAGUUAACUAAUUGACUUGACUGAUGUAAAUGAAGAACACAGGCUCUAAUGUUCCUGACUGUCUCGUGAAGCCAGGGAAGCCUAUUAUCGAUAGCUUCAAUUCUCAAAUUUAAUUUUUGAGUAUUUUGAUAAUUUUUCGAGGCUUUCGGAGGGAAGCAUUGAACUUGCAACCCCCGAAACAGAAUUUUUGUGUGUUCUGUUACCAAAAAUGAAUUUGAAAAACAAUUUCGCCUGUGGUUUGACUAUUUGGUUACUUGUCAUCGUCAUAGGCGACAGUAACAGCCAAUUCAUUAACACAACGGACGUGAUUUCAAGUAAUCCCAAUCCCUACACUUCUCAGUUAGGAAUUCAGCGCGUACUAUCAAGACGGAAACGAUAUCUGCUCUUUCCACCUGGAGCUGCUUUUGUGGCUACAAUGUCUUUUGCCAAGGCACUGGCAACCGAUUAUCCCAGAGGUGUCAAUUUCGUGGUUGAAACAGAUUUCUAUUAUCCCAUGUACUCAUCGAUUUCGGAUUUGUUUCCGAAGGAUAAGAAACCACCUGCAACUACAACUACGGCUGCUCCGACAACACCUGUACCAUUACCAAUGAAUCCGAAAUUUGAUUCAUUUCCGGGAAAUUAUUACGACCCGAGUAGUGUUUGGGAGAGAACGGAUUCAAAUAAAUAUCGCAAAGAAUACAUUCCGCUCAGUCCGAACUACAUGUACUGGAAAGCACCGAAACCGUUCUAUAAGCCACGAUACCAAUCUUAUACAAAUUACGUUCCGAAACCAAUUUACAAUUCACCUGGGAAGUAUACGAAUAAAUACCGAGAUCUGAACUGGAGACAGCGUGAAUUAUAUAGAAGUCGACGAGAUUUGUACAGUCAUAUCGAAGCAGCGGCAGAAAAGCAUGGAUUCCAAAUAAAGACAUGCAUUCAUCGUAUGAUCUGCGAGGGACGUUACUAUCUGCUACCGCCGGGAGUGUCAUUCUUUCAAGAUGUACUUCGUAUAUUAUUAACAUUGCCAUUGACCAAUGAUGAAGACGAUGGGUAUGGUAAGGCAAUGCAGGCCACCGAAGACGAAUGUCUUUCGACCUAUAGUGAACAAUGUCCAUACAGCAUUGUUGGAUACAUUUUGCACAGUCAAUCAGAUCCAAAUAAAACCACAAUCAUGCAUCUCCACAAAAAUCGUCAACACAUAGCUAUACUCAUACUGACACUGAUCUCAAUAGAUUAUCAUGAAUGUGCCACAACAGCUCCAUCGGAUUGUGUAACUCUGUCCAAUAAAUUACGUUUCCAAAAGAUUUAUUCGCGUAAAAAACGAUAUGUGGUAUUUCCACCUGGUUCAGCCGUUAUUGUGACGCCAUCCGUUCUCAAAGCUCUAACACCAGUAAGACCCAGUGGAAUUAAUCUGGUUUUGGAGGUUGAUUUUUCGUAUCCAUUGCAAACUUCUAUUGCAGAAUGGUACCCGAAGGAAGAGGCAGAACCGAAAAUCGAUGAGGAAGACAUAGAAUAUGAAUCAGAACCAUCACCAUACCCGUCACCUUAUCCAAAUAUUGAAAAGAAUCAACUUAUGCAACAAUACGUAUUGCAUAGGAAUCGUAGAGACAUUAUUGGACACAUUGAGCGUGUAGCAUCAGACAAUGGACUUGAUAUUAAGAGUUGCCUUCUUCGAGUUAUUUGUGAAGCGAAUCAUUAUCUUCUACCGCAAGGACAAUCAUUUUUUCAGGACGUCUUGCGAAUCCUGUUUACCACUACCUAUAAGGACAACGUACCUGAUGAAUACACCAAUGCUAUGAAAAUAUCGGAAGAUGAUUGUGCCAAAGUGUAUGGUACCCAAUGUCGUUACAGUAUCUUAGGGUUUUUGUUGGAAAAUUCUAAAUAAAUGGAAAAUGACUGUUUGUGACUAUUAAAAA